AUGGCCAAUUUAUUUUUAUACUUUCUUCGUCAACCAGAAACAAGAGCGUUGCUCACACUUGUGUCUUCGAUUAUUCUCUUUGCUAUUUUAUCAUAUAUUCGUUCAUCGUAUUUCUUUAUUGGAGUCUAUUUUCUUGCUGUUUGCACACUUGUACGACGAAUUGCUCGUGGCGGUCAAUACGAUGCUCUCAAAACAAAAGAUCUUAGUGGAAAAACUUAUUUAAUUACGGGGGCUGCAGGUGGUAUUGGCAAACAAACAGCUCUCGAAUUAGCAAAACGUGGUGCUAAAGUUGUGUUAUUUGCACGACCUAGUAACUUCCAAGAAGCCAUCAACGAUGUUAAAAAAGUCGCACGAGAUUCUAAACUUGUAAGCGGAUAUCCAAUUGACUUGAGUGACUUACGUGCGAUUAAAACCGGUAUUGAACAAUAUAAAAAGGGUGAAGGAGAGAAUGCUCCAAUUACUGCUCUGAUCAACAAUGCUGGAGUUAUGGCUUGUCCAUACGCACUGACUAAAGAUGGUUUCGAAAUGCAAAUGGGAACCAAUCAUUUCGGUCAUUUCUAUUUAACUAAACUACUUCUACCUCAAUUACUUCAAUCCAAAUCGCGUGUUGUUAAUGUUUCAUCAUUAGCUCAUGUUAUGUGGCAAGUACCGUGUACAUCCGAUACGUAUGCUCAACAGCUGAACAAAGAAACGUACAAGCCUUGGAGUGCAUAUUCUAUAAGCAAAACAGCGAAUAUUUAUUUUACACGUGAAUUACAUCGUCGUUUCCGUUCACAAGGUCUUAAUGCAUACGUUCUUCAUCCCGGUGGAGUUGAUACAGGACUACAACGGCAUACGCCUAUGUCUCAAUUACUGUUUGCUCCGAUUCGAUGGCUUCUUUUUAAGACGCAACUCGAGGGUGCUCAAACAAAUUUGUAUUGCGCUGUGGCAGACGACGUCGUGUCCGGAAAGUAUUAUUCCGAUUGUCACGAAUUAGAACUGGGAAACCCUCAUGCAGAUAAUCCACAACGGGCUCAAGAGUGGUGGGAUUAUUCUGAAAAGAUCAUUGCGGAAAAAAUCAAAGAUUUGAAUUAA